UCUUUACUGUAUCGUGUAGCAUUAAAAAAAGGCGUGUAAAUUAUAUCAUAGUUUAAAUAUAGUCGUGUGCGUAAAUUCUAGUCUGUCCAUUUUUGGUUUGUGCCAAAUAAAUUUUUUUUUCAUUUCGAGUUAAGUUGAAAAACUAUAAGAAAGCUUUUAAAGGGGUUACUUAUCUACCAUUCUACCUUCAUAAUUAUACCUGUUAUAAGGAUGAGUCAAUCAUUAAGAAGCACGAGAGUCACUUCUCUUUUAAAGAAUUUCAAAAGAUUGGAAAGUAGUAGCUCUAAAACUCAGAUAAAAGAUGCAUGGACUGAUUUCAAUUUUAGACCAACAUCAUUAAAGAUUGAUAAUGAUGAUAUUAAAAAGGGGGUAUUUGAUAAGAUUAAUGAACAACAAGGUCCUCAUUCCAUAGAGAAUUAUACUCAAAAGUUAUCUUAUCAUUCUCCAAAUGAAAUUGAUGAAACUUUUAAACAAGCUUAUGAAAUCUUACAACAUGAAGCAAAUAUAAAAUAUACUCAUGUUAAAGGGAUGGAAAAGAAAUUAUCAGAAUCUAAUAGUACUGAAUCCACUAUAUCAAUUCAAAAUAGAAUAGAUCAAUUAUUAACUGAAGCUGAAUUAUAUAAUCCGGAAGUAUUAUAUAAUGUUGAAUUCAAUAAACCUGAAUCAUUAGAUAAAUCUCAUCCUGUUUAUAGACAUUAUCUUAAACAAAAAUGGGAAAAAUAUGAUUUAAUGAUUACUAUGCAAAGAUUAGAACAAUUAGGAGUUAUUCCAGAUACUUUACCCACAUUAAAUCCAAAAGCUGAUGUUAAAGUUAAAUUUCCUCAUAAUUCCGAAUCUCAAUUUAGUAAUUGGAUAGUUCCAGGUGAAGUAUUACCAGCCUUUGCAGUUGAACAACCUCCAACUGUUCAAAUUCAAGAAUUUGAAACAGUUAAUCCAAAUCAAUUAUAUACUGUUAUAGUAGUUAAUCCUGAUUCACCUGAUUUAUCAACCAAUUCAUUUUCAACAACUUUACAUUAUGGGUUACAAAAUAUUCCUCUUAAUAAUGUCAAUAAUAUAAUAGAUUGUCAAACCUUAUUGAAUGAUGUUGAAGAUAAAUUCACUUUUAAAUCAUAUGUACCAUUAUUACCCGAAAAGAAUGCUGGUAAAUAUCAAAGAGCAUGUUUAUGGGUAUUCAGACAAUCUGAACCAUUACAAUUAUCAUCAUCAACCAUAUCAAGUGAAAAGUUUGAUAUUAGACAAUUUGUCGCUUCAAAUAAUUUAAAUCCAAUUGGAGCUCAUGUUUGGAGACAAGUGUUUGAUAGAAGUGUUCCUGAAAUUAGACAAAAAUAUGGUUUACCAAAGGGUAGAGUAUUCCAUAGAGUUAGAGGUACUGAUCCAAUUAUUGAAUAAACAAGUUACAUACAUUCCAUCCCUCCUUCCUUCCCCCUCCCUCCCUGUAUAUAUAGUUCUUCUCGCUCUUUUAUGUACAUAGAUAACAAAUAUAAAGCAUUAAUGAACUUGAAACUGC